AUGGCGGUCCUGGUGAACUAUGUGAUGCCACAGUCAGCGGAACAGAACCUGCAAACUGCAUGGGCCUAUCUCAGGCAGUAUAUGAACAGGCUGUCAAUGUUCCUGCGUGCUGCCGGAAAGUUUCCGAAAUUGAGAGGCAAGGGUUCUGAGAUUCGACACUUCGGGAAGGCUUUGCUGUCGCUCUGGUCAAAGGAGAUGAAUGUGCAUCUUUCUUUGCACAAAAAAAAUUUGCUCAUGUUGCAGCUGAACGUGGAACUUGAGGACACAAUUACCGAGUUCAAGGAGGAGUUCAGUUUCCCCCCAGGCAUCGCACAAAGAUUUGAAGAGGCUUGCUCUCAGAUGCUCUUGCUCCUGACCCAAAUUGCAGAGCAUUACUUACAGGAAGACAUCAAAUACUUUGACAUUACGAGCAAGUGUCAUAUGGUACAAGAAUUGGCCAUUAUGUCAAAAUGCAUUUCGCCUAGAGUUGUGUGGGUGUUCGCCGGAGAAGACCAAAUGCAAAAGAUGCAGUCCAUAGCCCAAACCUGUACUCGGGGCAACAAAGUUCCCCAACAGUCUGUCAAGCUUUGCCGCCAUUACCGUUUGGCUUUGCAUUUCCUUUUUGAAGAGCAGUGUGUUGGGCUGUAA